AUGGCUAGAAAAACCCCUGAAGAAAUUGUGGAUGAAAGGCAUAGCAAGAGUUAUCAAAAACCCCUUGAAGAAUGUACAAAAAGUAAAGAGGAGAAGGACAGAGUAGCAAUGCAUGUUGCAUAUUACUUCUAUGACUGUGGCAUUCCAUUUAAUACUGCAACUGCUAGGAGUUUUGAGGUUAUGAUAGAGUCUGUUGCACAAAUAGGAUUCAGGUGGAGACCUCCUAGCUAUCAUGAUUUGCGGGUCAAACUCCUAGAGAGAGCAAACAAGGAAACAGACUUGUUGUUAGAAAAGCAUAAGAUUGCUUGGAAGCGAUAUGGGUGUACGUUGAUGUCAGAUGGAUGGACUGACAGAAGAAAUAGACACCUGAUAAACUUCCUUGUCAAUAGUCCAGAGGGGACUUUUUUCUUAGAGUCUGUUGAUGCAUCGGGCGAAUCUCAUGAUGCUGCCAUGUUAGCUAGGUUGCUUGAGGGGCAAGAUUGGAGAAAUAGGAAAAGAAAAUCGGGUAGGUUGUUAGAAGAAAAGAUACCUUCCCUGUUUUGGACUCCCUGCGCGGCACAUUGCUUGGACAUCAUGUUGGAAGACAUUGGCAAGUUGCCCGAGUUCAAGCAAAAGAUUGAAAGUGCUAGGCGGAUCACUACAUUUAUUUAUAGGCAUGGAAGGAUUCGUAGUGCCAUGAGGGAGUUCACAAGUGGUAAAGAUCUUGUGAGGCCUGGAGUCACAAGAUUUGCCACAUCAUUCCUUACCUUGCAAAGCUUAUACAAGCAGCAGAAAGCUUUAAAAAGCUUGUUUGUUAGUGAUCAUUGGAGUACUUCUAAACUAGCAAACACACAAGCUGGGAAGAAGGUAUAUGAUUCUGUGUUUUCUACACGAUUCUGGACAGGGGUGGAAGAUUGCAUCAAGGCAUCUCAACCCAUUCUUGUUGUGUUGAGAAUUGUUGAUGCUGAUGAGAUCCCCGCGAUGCCCGAGGUGGCCAUGGCUAUGGAGAUUGCAAAGAAGAAAUUGAAUGAAGCAUUUGCAAGCCAACCGAGGAUAUUGUCAAAGUUGAUGGAUAUUGUAGAAGGGCGUUGGCAAGAUCAAAUGGAGGUUAAGUUAUAUGGAGCAGCAUUGUUCUUAAAUCCUUCUCAUUAUUUUGAUUUGAAAGAAAAUGAUCUUGAAAGUGCUUGUAAGCAACGAGCCUGCUUUAAUGAUGUGCUUGAAAAGAUGGUUCCAGAUCAAGAAACACAAAUCAAAAUAAGUGAUCAAGUUGAUGAAUAUGAUGGAUUGCAAGGAACUUUUGGGAAGCAAUUAGUCAUUGCACAACGCAAGACCAAAGCUCUUCGUACGUAUUCUAUUUAA